UCAUGGGGCAGCAAAGGGCUUUCUUCAGGGGAGGGGCCCGCUGGGCUGGCCUGGAUGUCGCAGUGGUGGGGGGAGGGGGCAGAGGUUCUGGGUAGCCAGCAGAGCGGGUAGGGUCUGAGUCUGGGCUCAGCCUUUGCUCGAGAGGUGGGGUCUGGGCUCCCGAGUGUGGGGCAGGAAAAGUACCCAGAGGGCCUGCGCCCGCCCCCUGUACCCUCUCCUCUCCUUCUAUUUCUUCCUGCCUCCUCCUCCAUGCCUUUGGGGCCGAGCCCCUCGCCAGGGAAUUUACCACCCCUGGGGUGCCGCCUGGUGUUGGGGGCUGUUGUGGAGGGACACACGAGGUGCGAAGGACGCCGGGGUCUCUGACCAGGGCCUCUAGGAUGACGCCCGGGAAGGGGGCCAUUAGCCUGGGCGGCAGGACGUGAGUCAAGGCACCUGGGGCCGCCCAGAGUAGGGUGGGGCUGCCUGGCUGAGGUGAGGCAACCUGAAUCUGGGGGUGGGAAGAGCUGGGAGGGGUGGCCAGGCCAGCCUCCCCAGGGUGACCUACUGCAGCCUGACUCACAGGGUUUCCACAGCCCUCCCCUUGGGGAUAACCCACCGCUCUGCCUUCCUUCUCUCAGCCUGAGUUUCUGAGGUUGGUGGCAUGGGAGUGGACCCCCCUGGCCUCCAGUGGGGCUGAGCAGCUGGAAGCCCCUCCUACAGGCCUCAGGGCAGGAGGCUUUGAUGGCUGCCCCACCCUAUUGGUGGCCCCUGUCGGUUGUCAGGGAGGGGGACAAGGCUCUGGGCCUGAAGGGGAGAGCAGGCCACACCUAUGUGGCUCUGACACCCCUUUUCGAGGUCUACUUUGUGCCAGGCUUGGGAACCACAAGGGGCAGAGCCACAUCGGGGUGCGCGCACUGGGUGGGCUCUGAAGGGUGUCUGGGGGCUGAGGUGCUUUUAUAGGUCCGCUUGCUUUAGAGAGAUUCGGUCAGAAAAUCGGCUGCCCCUCCCUGCUGGGGGUUGGGCUGGGCUCCCUCUCCGUGCCCCUUGUAGGUAAGGGGAGCCCAGAGACAGGGCUUGGUCCUCAGGGUGCCUCAGGCCUCCCCUGCAAAGGCAAGUCUACAGGGGAGAGGGUCUCGCUGGCUGCCGGGGGUAUAGACAGGGAGCUGGGCUGGGCCAGGCGGCUUCUGGGACCCUCUUAGCCUGCCCAGCACCAAGAGCGAGAGCCACGCUGAGUGAGAGGCGCAGGGCUGGGGCUGGGCUGGCAGUAGCGGACAAGGGUGGCCGUGUGGCUUCAGGCUGCUCGUCUGGCAAGGGGACCGACAGAUCCCCUCCCCUAUUUGCUGAGGUCAAGGAGUGAUCAAAAACGAGGCAAGUGGGUUGUGAUUUUUAUGAAAUCCCUCACUUUCGCUGGUGGCUAAGAAUUGGACAGAGCUGCUUGGCUGCCCUUAGGGCUGGCACCCUGGAGGGGAAGGCGGCUCUAAAGUACAUGAGUGGGACCCCCAUCCCCCUUGGGACACAGCCUGAUGUGGACUUACCGCCUUGGGGCCAACACCUGGCUUGGGAGUGUCCGCCCCACAGAGGCUCCAGGUUAUCCACGGACCCCAGGCAUGGCUCCUAAGGGGUGUUCACAGGUCCCCAGGAUGGUCGCCUGGGGCCCAGAGCGCACAGCCCUAGCACCAGCCCCCUGCGCCUGCGGGAGAUGGGACCGCCCCGUCCGCCUGCCCGCCGCCCGGCGCUGUCACGUUCCAGCGCCUGACUCAGGCCAAGCAGGGCGGGGAGCAGGGAGGCGGCGCCAGCGCCCGCCUCAGCCCCGGAGGCGGCACCAGGAAGCUCCCGCCCCGGCCGGAGCCGCCAUGUAACCGGCGCCGCCCGGAGCUGAGCCUCGCGGGCCCCAGCGACCCGCCAGCCAUGGGGGACGAGGACGAGGACGAGGGCUGUGCGGUGGAGCUGCAGAUCACCGAAGCCAACCUGACCGGGCACGAGGAGAAGGUGGGCGUGGAGAACUUCCAGCUGCUCAAGGUGCUGGGCACGGGAGCCUACGGGAAGGUGUUCCUGGUGCGGAAGGCGGGCGGGCACGACGCGGGGAAGCUGUAUGCCAUGAAGGUGCUGCGCAAGGCGGCGCUGGUGCAGCGAGCCAAGACGCAGGAGCACACGCGCACGGAGCGCUCCGUGCUGGAGCUGGUGCGCCAGGCACCCUUCCUGGUCACGCUGCACUACGCCUUCCAGACGGACGCCAAGCUGCACCUCAUCCUGGACUAUGUGAACGGUGGUGAAAUGUUCACCCACCUCUACCAGCGCCAGUACUUCAAGGAGGCUGAGGUGCGCGUGUAUGGGGGCGAGAUCGUGCUGGCCCUGGAACACCUGCACAAGCUGGGCAUCAUCUACCGAGAUCUGAAGCUGGAGAACGUGCUCCUGGACUCCGAGGGCCAUGUCGUCCUCACAGACUUCGGGCUUAGCAAGGAGUUCCUGACAGAGGAGAAAGAGCGGACCUUCUCCUUCUGUGGCACCAUCGAGUACAUGGCCCCUGAGAUUAUCCGCAGCAAGUCGGGCCACGGCAAGGCUGUGGACUGGUGGAGCCUAGGCAUCCUGCUCUUCGAGCUGCUGACAGGGGCUUCGCCCUUCACCCUGGAGGGCGAGAGGAACACGCAGGCAGAGGUGUCUCGACGGAUCCUGAAGUGCUCCCCUCCCUUCCCCCCCCGGAUUGGGCCAGUGGCACAGGAUCUACUGCAGCGGCUACUUUGCAAGGACCCCAAGAAGCGGCUGGGUGCAGGACACCAGGGGGCGCAGGAAGUUAAGAACCACCCCUUCUUCCAGGGUCUGGAUUGGGCUGCUCUGGCUGCCAGGAAGAUUCCAGCCCCAUUCCGACCCCAGAUCCGCUCAGAGCUGGAUGUGGGCAACUUUGCAGAGGAAUUUACCCGGCUGGAGCCUGUCUACUCACCCCCUGGAAGCCCCCCACCUGGGGAUCCUCGCAUCUUCCAGGGAUACUCCUUCGUGGCACCAUCCAUCCUGUUUGACCACAACAACGCGGUGAUGACCGAUGUGCUGGAAGCGUCUGUUGCUGGAGACCGGCCUGGCAGGGCAGCGUUGGCCAGGAGCGCCAUGAUGCAGGACUCGCCCUUCUUCCAGCAGUACGAACUGGACCUGCGGGAACCCGCGUUGGGCCAGGGUAGCUUCUCCGUGUGUCGCCGCUGCCGCCAGCUACAGAACGGCCAAGAGUUCGCGGUCAAAAUCCUCAGCCGCAGGCUGGAGGCGAACACGCAGCGCGAAGUGGCCGCCCUGCGGCUGUGCCAGUCGCACCCCAACGUGGUGAAGCUGCACGAAGUGCAUCAGGACCAGCUGCACACGUACCUGGUCCUGGAGCUACUGCAGGGUGGGGAGCUGCUGGAGCACAUCCGCAAGAAGCGGCACUUCAGCGAGUCCGAGGCGAGCCAGAUCCUGCGCAGCCUCGUGUCGGCCGUGAGCUUCAUGCACGAGGAGGCGGGGGUGGUGCACCGCGACCUCAAGCCCGAGAACAUCCUGUACGCCGAUGAUACGCCCGGAGCCCCGGUGAAGAUCAUCGACUUCGGGUUCGCGCGUCUGCGCCCGCAGAGCCCAGCGGGGCCCAUGCAGACACCCUGCUUUACGCUGCAGUACGCGGCCCCCGAGCUGCUGGCGCAGCAGGGCUACGACGAGUCCUGCGACCUCUGGAGCCUCGGCGUCAUUCUGUACAUGAUGCUGUCAGGCCAGGUCCCCUUCCAGGGGGCCUCAGGCCAGGGCGGGCAGAGCCAGGCGGCGGAAAUAAUGUGCAAGAUCCGCGAGGGGCGCUUCUCCCUUGACGGGGAGGCCUGGCGAGGCGUGUCUGAGGAAGCUAAGGAGCUGGUCCGAGGGCUCCUGACUGUGGACCCCACCAAGCGGCUGAAGCUCGAGGGACUGCGGGGCAGCUCGUGGCUGCAGGACGGCAGCGCGCGCUCCUCGCCUCCGCUACGGACGCCGGACGUGCUGGAGUCCUCGGGGCCAGCUGUGCGCUCCGGGCUCAACGCCACCUUUCUGGCGUUCAAUCGGGGCAAACGCGAGGGUUUCUUCUUGAAGAGCGUGGAAAACGCGCCGCUGGCCAAGCGGCGGAAACAGAAGCUGCGGAGCGCCGCCACAUCCCGCCGCGUCUCCCCCGUGCCCGCCGUCCCGGGCCGGGCACCCGCCGCCAAGGGAGCCCCCCGACGAGCCAACGGUCCCCUGCCCCCCUCCUAGCCUCCGUCACUGUGACCCUCUCCCCGGUCGGGGCUGUGUUCUAGGAGGCCGGCUCACUGCCCCCAGGCCUCCUGUAUAGCUCCGCCCCAUCCCCAGGGAUUGUUACCCUUCUCUCCCCUCCCCCCCCACCCCCAGACAGAGCAGAAGUAUUUUUAUAAGCAGAGAAUUUUUUUUAAUGUCUUACCAGAUAGAGUUAGAGAUGCAGGGAGGGAGGGGGCCUGCUGGGGAGUGGAGUGGGGGGCCCUCUGCCUAGAUGCUGCCUCAUCUGGUGGAAGGCACUUCUCCCCCAGGGGGCUGCCCCGGCAGGGAAGGGCUCCUCCUCCAUUUCUAAGCACUGAGUUGCCACAGGGAGAAACUGGGACCUCUCCCCUGCCCUCCCCUGAGGUCCUGCUCUUGGGAGGGGGCACCCCUCAAGCUGUCACUUUAUGGACUGUUUGUGCAAUUACGUCCACCAAAGACCUGUGUCGGGGGUGCUCAGUGAGAGGCCCUGGGGGACCCCCUGAAGCAUUUCUGCCUCACUUCAUGUCACCUGCUUCCCCCUAUUGAGGCUUAGGAAGGAGGUAGGCGACCCCCUAAAAGGGGAGGCUCCCUUCUCACCCAUCCCCUCCCCUUUGGCACAGCUGCCCCUAGCUGGGGGUGGCACCUUGGGGGUCUGGGGUGGGCAUCCACAGUCACUGCCUCAGCCCAUCCAGGCUGUGCCUUUGACUUAAAAAUAAAAGUCUACCCAGUGCUGUGUG